AUGAAGUUCCCUCAGGGCUUAGUCAGUGGCUUGCAGAGCCUCUCGCUAGCCAUCCUGAUUGGGCAAGUGGCUGAAGUAGGUUCGACGCCGCUACCACCACCCCAGAAGGCUGGGAAGGCAGAUGCCACUGCAGCACUUCCUCAGGGUCCUGUGAAGGGCUAUACCGACUCGUAUGGCAACUCGGUCUACCUAGGCAUCCCGUUCGCGGAUACUACUGGUGGACAGAACCGGUGGAAGGCUCCUCAGGAUGUCAAGAAACUGCAGCCUGGUCAGACAUUUGAUGCGACCAAGUAUGGCCCUACAUGUCCGCAAGCAAUCAGCGGGACGACAUACUCGCAGCAGGGUGAGGACUGUCUGAAUCUCAACAUCUGGGUACCUGCUGCAGGAUCCAAACCGAGACGUGCACCUCCAAGUCCUCCUCGAGGACCUGCCGGCGGCCCUCCAGGCCCACCAAAACCGCGUGCCUCUGGUCUCCCAGUAUUCGUGUACAUGUACGGAGGUGCCAUGGUCACUGGCUCCAGCAGCAACCCUGGCCUCGUUGGCACUAACUUCGCUCGCAAGGGUGUGAUUUACGUCAGCUUCAACACUCGUGAGAGUGUCUGGGCGUACCCCAACUCUGCCGAGCUUUCUGGCGUACAGAACUUCGGCAUACUCGAUGUUGACAAGGCGUUGCAAUGGGUGCGCGACAACAUUGCUCAAUUUGGCGGCAACCCUGACCACAUUGUCUUUGGUGGUCACUCCUCGGGCUCUGUCCAGGUCGACCAUUACCUCUGGAACCACCCCGACACCUGGCUUGCGGGUGCCGUCCAGAUGGCUGCUAACGCUAAAUCUGGCCCUGCUGUGGCCCCUACCAACGAAGCACUCGACCUGGUUGCCAAGGAGGUCAACUGCCCCACUGGAGCAGGCCAACUUGAAUGCCUUCGCAAAGUCGACGUGUACGCCUUCCAAACGGCUACUUUCAAUUCCUCUCUCAACACCUUCUUUGCGCCUGUCGUUGACGAAAAGACGCGCUACCAGGACUAUGCUGCCCGUUUUGCGGCUGGCAAAUAUGCUUCUCACGUUCCUCUCCUGACUGGUAACUCCGACCAAGAAGGUGCUAUCUUCGGUCUGGUUUAUGGCGCCAUUAACAGCGACUUCAGCAAGUGGAUCAACACUUUUGAUGCUGACUCUGCGAACAUCCCUGAUGAUGUGCUCAAGGCCGCCUACAACCCAGCCGACUUCUCCAGUGUUUCCGCCAUGAGCGGCGCCCAGUACGGCGAUGCGCGCUUCUUCUGCCCCGUCGACUACCUUGUUGACCUCCGUAGCGCAAAGCAGGACACAUGGACUUACCGCUUCUUCACUGACUACGCGACCGGCCUGCCAGUUCCGGGACCCACUCAUGGCACGGAGAUCCCCUACUUCUUCGGCGGUAACGAGGCGUUCGCUGGCCUCGCUGCGACCAAGGAGCAGCAAGCCUUUGCCGACUUCCAGAACAACUGGUUCGUCAACUGGAUCAAGAACCCGGCUGCAGGCCCUGGAUGGGCAAAGGCAACGCCCAAGAAUGGGCCCAUUGCCAAGUUGGGCGUGCCAGGAAACGAUCUUGCGAUUGAGGUUGCCAACUCAGCCGACUUCAACGCAAGGUGCAAGCAGGCGUAUGACCCGUAUCUCCCAAAGUACCCUGUUAUCCAGAGUGUGGUCAACAACAUGAUUAGCAUGGUAGAAGGCAUGAUCGGGAACUAAGAAAUAAAGUUUCGAUAUAGAGUAACUUAAUGAUAAUGCUCCAUUCAGCUUGACCCGAUUGGGUCGGCUCCACUUCACCAUGA